AUGUUGGCUACUCUCUCGCUCCUUUUGGCCACUGCCGCCUCUGUCCUGGGACAUGGAUAUGUCUCAGAAGUUACUACUUCUGCAGGAAAAUACACAGGAUAUUUGCCUUACCAGGACCCGUACACAAACCCCGCGCCUGCAAGGGUUAUCCGCAAGAUCCCAGGCAAGUAUAGACGCAACGGGCCCGUUGAGGACGUCAGCCUCAUCGAUGUACAAUGCAAUGGAUGGUCUGCAGGUGGCGUAGUUGGAUCCGCACCUGCCGCCGCCGUUGCCACAGCUGCAGCUGGCACUACAAUCUCUUUCAAAUGGACCGAAUGGCCUGACUCCCACGUUGGCCCGGUUAUCACAUACAUGGCUCGUGCGCCCUCAGAUAUCACUAAAUGGAACCCUGGAACCUCGGCUGUUUGGUUCAAGGUCGCCGAGCAAGGUCUUGUAAACGGCAAAUGGGCAGCAACUGAUAUCCUCAAGGCCAACAACUGGGUCUACAGCUUCAAAAUUCCAGCCUCUCUUGCUCCAGGCCAAUACAUUAUUCGGCACGAACUUAUCGCAUUGCAUGCUGCAUAUUCAUACCCUGGAGUUCAGAUCUAUCCCUCUUGUCUCCAAAUUAGCGUCACUGGUUCGGGAACUAGUACAGGACCAAGCAGCAAGGUUUCUUUCCCAGGCGCAUACACCCCGUCGACUCCGGGCAUCGUCUAUGAUGCAUACAAAGGCUCGGCUACCUAUCCCAUCCCCGGUCCUGCUGUCUGGACCGGUUAA